ACAAAACAGAAUAUAACAUACCAUACGUAUUUUGUAUUUUCACCUAAUCAUAUAUUCACACUUUCCUCUUUUGCAAAUCCAUUUCAGUUAUAUCAAUCAUACUCUUUGUUUCUUUGAGUGUGUAUUGUGUGUGUGAUGGGUUCUGAGGGAAAUCAACAGAGCAGCAGCAUACCAAGGCUCCCUUUGUUCUCGGCUCCACCAGCAAAGCAGAUGAAGUCGUCGUCUCCGGAGAGAUCGGGGACGGUGACUCCACCGCUGCAAACCUCGGGUUCAGUACCGUUUCGAUGGAGCAAGAACCUGGAAAACCAAAGCUAAGCAAUGCACUUGUCGCCUAUAUUAAUCCAACUGACAAGAGUUUGGAGCUUCCUCCAAGGUUGUUAGUAGUUCCUUCACCGAACCUAUUGCAGCAGGGUCCUUGUGUAACCAGCAACAGGUUCCGGUCACCGUCUUUUAGAAUAGAAGACAACACCAAAUGCUAUGGCUCUUCUGGUGCUAAGAAUAUUCUUCUCAAAGGAGAGAGUAGUUGGUUUGGUUCAUGGAGAAAAAAUGUCAAAAGAGAUUCUGGGGGUAGUCAUGUUUUUCCGUCUUCUGCUGGCAUUGCAGAGACUCCUGUCACUCACAACAAUAACAAGAUGAUACGUUCUGGGAGCUCUUCCAGCCACUCUCAUCAAGACAAGUCUCGUGUCUGGAGAACCGUUCGUGAGGGGAUGAAGCAGGUGGUUACACUUCAAUGGAGGAACAAAAAGCUGAAGAAGAAUUAUGGAAGUAGCCAUAAGCAUUGAGAUUUUGUUGGUUGGUUAAAAUCAACUACAUCAUCAGUGCUAUAUUACAGUAGAAGACACAGCACAACCAGCUUAUUCUGUUGCAUCACUACUGUAAAAAAAAGUGUGUGGGGUUAGCUCAUAUUGUUUUUUAGUGGGAUCGUGAUAAGUUGUACAAGAUUUUUAAAAUUAUAAUCAUGUCUCUUUUCUCA